AUGGCCGAAGAUGGUGUCGUCGUAUAUAACGGCCAUGCCCAGUACUUCAAUACCGAAAACAACGACUGUGCUGAUAAGCAAGUUUGGGCAUUCAGUCGAUGGCUUCCCCAGUACUGGGGAAAGACAGCACUUACGCUCACUACCGAACGGCAAGAACAGUUUAACAAGCUUGUGCUGACAAUCAACAAUACUAUCAGAGAGGUUAUCUAUAUCUUGCGCGACGAAGGAACUCUGAAAUACGAGAUUGGUUUCUCAAACUGGGAUCCCUGGGUACGGGACGGCGUCAAAGGGCAGAUGUGCGACCCAUCUUCAAGUGGGGCGUACCCCGAUUCAGAUCAGCCCGACUUGCAGUUUUUCAAGCCAUCCACCAAUACUGCUGGGUGGGAGCACGAUGAGCUCAGAAGAAGACAACAAGAGAUCAAUAAGAUGAUCGAGAACGGUACACUUCCCUUGACAAAGAAUGGAAUUGAUCCAAGCAUUUACGACACUCUUCUGUGGAAAUCGCCUUCUCCUGCGGCAGAGGCAGUUCACAAAAUUAAUAAACGAGCCCCCGCGCCACCCGGCUGUCCAGGAGACUCAGAUGCGAUAACUCAAUUGCUGGGGAAAUAUACGCCAGACAUCUUCGGCAAACUCUUCUAUCCCAAUGAGCUAGGGCAUGAAACCAUCGCCUCGUUUGCACUCGCAAAAGGUAUCGAUCUCCGGGCGAAAGUCCUUGGCCAGGAUUCCGAAACAUGUACUGUCACUGAUGAGUUCAAGUGCUGGCAAAAGGAAGGCCGCAAAGGCUAUGCGACAGGCGACAAGAUGAACGAAAACAUUGAGGCUUUCUGCGGCAACGACAUCGACGUGCCUGAUCAUGAAGUUGGCUGGAAAAGAAAACACACUUAUUUUACGGGCACACCAGAUGAACACACUUUCGUCUUGCAGCUCGGCGCAAAUGUUGGCGACUCCAACAAAGACACCUGUGUCGAGUCCUUCAAUAGAAUCGUCAACAGCUGCGAUGGUAAUGACCCCGAGAAGAGUAACGAAGCUCAAAGAGAGACAACCGGGCCUCAAGCUAUCGGUGGAUGGGCGAUGAACGACCCCGGUCCAUACCGAACCACAUUUUCUGAUCUCGCAAAGUCCACUUCGGCACAAGCUUCAUUCUUCGAGUCCUUGGUGAUAUUCAUGAAAGCUAAUGACUUCGACGGCGUCGACAUUGACUGGGAAUAUCCUGUUGCGGAGGAUCGUGGGGGCAUACCAGAGGAUUUUGACAACUACGUAAUCUUCUUGAAAAACUUACGCAACCGUCUGAACAGCAGCGGUCGAUACUACGGCGUCACACUUACACUACCGGCAUCGUAUUGGUACAUGAAGGGGGUUGACAUUGUAAAUUUGGAUAAAUAUGUUGACUGGUUCAACAUCAUGACUUAUGACAUUCACGGCGUCUGGGACAGCACAGUGACGGCGAUCGGUCCAUACGCGUAUGCACACACCAACCUUACCGAAAUCCAACUGGGCCUGGAGCUGCUGUAG